AUGUCAAAAAUUAGCAUUCCUUCAUCUAAUUACUUGCUCAAAGAUGCACCAUCAACAAAAUCCUUUGCCUUCACCAAAAAGCAUCCAUGUACUCUGGGUUCUUUCAAGUGUAUUUCCAAAGCAUUUGGAUUGAAUUGUAUCUCCAAGUUCAAAGUCUCAACAAUGGCACUAUACAAGGUGAAAUUGAUAGAUCCUAAUGGUAUCGAAAACGAGAUUGAAGCACCCGAUGAUCGAUACAUUCUUGAUACUGCAGAAGAUGUAGGAAUGGAACUUCCAUACUCAUGCAGGGCUGGUACUUGUGGAACUUGUGCAGGACAGUUGAGUUCAGGCUCAGUAGAUCAAUCCGAAGGCUCGUUCCUCGAUGAAAACCUAAUCGAAAAUGGUUACGUAUUGACUUGCAUUUCGUAUCCAAGGGAAGAUUGUGUUGUCUAUACUCACAAGCAAGAUGAAGUCUUGAAUUGA